AUGGGGAAGGGCGCUGUACACCCAAAUGGAUCGAACUUCUGCAGGGCCCUAAAGUACAACAUCGUGGAUAAGAUGAGGACGCUGGUGGAGACCAACCUGUACGACCGCCCUCGGUGGCUGGAAUGGGCAGAGAGAGCUCCCCCAAUAGAAAUACACAACAUAAGCCUAAAGUCAAGGUACAACAAUAACAAGUACAUUGACUUGGUGAAAUUUCUGCUAAAAAAAUAUCCUCAUCUGAGAUUCCAAGACUGUUAUGUGGAGGGCAAUAACAACGUGAAGGGCUAUGACUAUUUUAGGAACGAUCACAUCAUUACGCAGAUGGCUACCCACCAGCUGUACUAUAUGAAUAGAGGGUAUGGGAAAAAGGAUGCCCUUGAAAAAGUGGAGAAGGAAUUCUACAACAGAAGAAUGGAACUGGAAAAAAAGCAAAAAAUAAACAUGUGCCUGUCCAUUGAUAAAAAAGUCAAGCCGCUUUACACCAAUGGUUACGCUUAUCUGUAUGAAAAAAUGGCAGACAAUGAGAAGGCCCAUCUGGCUCUUAUCCUUAAGAAGCUUAGAUCUAUGAGGGAAAAAUUGGAGAAGGAGCAGCGACCGGCUGCUGAGCAGCCGAACACGAAUAGUAGCAGCAAGAAUGAGUCAAAUGAGGAAAACGCCAAAAAGGAUUAA